GAUAAAUUAUAUGGAUUUAUACAUUUUUCCGUUAUCUUAAAUUCCUCAAUGUCUUAAUAUGUGCCUCCUAUAAUUUCCUCUGUCAAACAAUAUUUCAGAUUAAAAAAAUCCAUCUCAAAUCUCAAGUUUUUUCAUCUGAAUAAAAAACUCGUAACUGGAUUUGGGCCGGCCGACCUCAUCGAGCCAUUUAGGAACCCCCAGUAUAAUGUAUAUGUGUGUGCGUAUGUAUGUAUGUAUGUAUAUAGAAAAAAAGGACGGAGAUCUCAAACACAAUGAUUAAUCACUUAUAACCAUAACCACUUUGUAGCUCAUCCAAAAAACGACGGAUUCGAUUUCUCAAGAGAGAGAGACGGAGGAGGAACAGCCACCGUCAUCCAUGGCGGGUCUACAGAGAUCCACCAUCUCCUUCCGCCGUCAGGGCUCUUCCGGCAUAGUCUGGGACGAUCGAUUCCUCUCCGGCGAGCUGAACCAACCCGCCAGCGACCAGAAAGAUGAAAGUCAACGGGACGAACAGGCGAAGCCCAUGUCGGAAGGCCAGGAACAGGGGAAACCAAUCACCGACGAUGCAAAAGACGGAAUCAAGCCGAUCAGGACCGUCGGAUCGGCCGGGACCAUCGAGAGGAGCCGAUCCAACGGCGGAGGUGCCGUCCGAGCUCAUCGAAGCGCCGGAAGAGUUUCUCCGGCGCUGGACCCACCAUCUCCGAGGUUGUCGGCUUGUGGGUGUUGCUCCGUGUUGGGAAAAAAGCCGCCGGGGAAGAAGAGUAAUCCGAGGAAAAGGCCGGCGAAGCGCAGAUCGAUGUAGGAGGAGACACAAAAGGAAAAAAGAAUAUACUGCUUGUGAAACUUUUUUUCUCUUUUAUUUGUGUGAUUGCUUUGAUAUAUAAUCCCGUUGUCGAUGAACUCAGACGAUGUUUAUAUCCGUUUGAUUUCGAUUUUUGCUGUCAAUCUUAAAUUCGCAGACUUGGGAUUUGCUGUUGCUUUCUGGGUGAUUGUAAAUGAAGCGUCUUUUCUCU